CGAAGCUUAAAAAUUAGGGUUUAUAAGGAGGCUUUCACAUCAGCGAAGCAGCAGGUAAGCUUAGUUACUGCAGAAAGUGGCGGAGCUGUGAGGCUGCUGAUUCAAAUCUAAAGACCACCAAAAUGGCUAGAGGUUUGAAGAAACAUUUGAAGAGGCUCAAUGCCCCAAAGCAUUGGAUGCUUGACAAGCUUGGAGGAGCUUUUGCUCCCAAGCCUUCGUCUGGUCCGCACAAAUCAAGGGAGUGUUUGCCGUUGAUCAUUAUCAUGAGAAACAGGCUGAAGUAUGCUCUGACAUACGGCGAGGUCAUUUCAAUUUUAAUGCAACGACUUGUUAUGGUUGAUGGGAAAGUUAGGACAGAUAAGACUUACCCUGCUGGCUUUAUGGAUGUUGUGUCAAUUCCUAAGACAAAUGAGAACUUCCGCCUCAUGUAUGACACAAAGGGCCGAUUUCGUCUUCACUCAGUUAGGGAUGAGGAAGCCAAGUUUAAGCUGUGCAAGGUCCGAUCUGUGCAGUUUGGACAGAAGGGUAUUCCAUACCUUAACACUUACGAUGGAAGAACAAUCCGCUACCCCGAUCCUCUCAUCAAGGCCAAUGAUACCAUCAAGCUGGACUUAGAGAACAAUAAGAUUGUUGACUUCAUCAAGUUUGAUGUCGGAAAUGUUGUCAUGGUGACUGGUGGUAGAAACAGGGGGCGUGUUGGUGUUAUUAAGAACAGGGAAAAGCAUAAGGGUAGUUUCGAGACAGUUCACAUUCAAGAUGCCCAAGGGCAUGAGUUUGCUACCCGCUUGGGAAAUGUGUUCACUCUCGGAAAAGGUACUAAGCCAUGGGUAUCCCUCCCUAAAGGAAAAGGUAUCAAGUUGUCCAUCAUUGAAGAGGCACGGAAGAGACUUGCUGCUCAAUCAGCUACCACUGCUUAAAAUGCGUGGUCGAACUUUAGACUGAUCAAACCUUUUUUCUGGUUGGACCUAAUGUUUAUUUUUAUUUUAGCAAUACCAAUUUUAUUUGUACUGCCCUACAAACAUUUGUGUUCUAGGUUCUUGUCAACCUAUAGCUUUUUGUUAGGAUAAAAACGUUGAAGACUUUUAAAGUGGUCAGGUAGGUAUGUGCUUUUAUGAUUAUUGAAUUUGAUGUAAAUUGAUCCUUCCUCUGUU